AUGUCCCACCCAUCAUGGCAACCCAAUCAACAUCAGCAUCUGGCCAGGAGGGCAUUUGGAAGCUUUCCAUGGCUUGGAGGUCUUUCAGGAAUUGGAAGCUUUGGUAUGAAUUCUGAGACCUCUCAACCAAAAGAGGCCUCAGAAGGCAAUCCUUAUCCUAAAUCUUAUAGAAACAAAGGGACACUAGAGGGCUUCAUAACAUCUGAAGAAGAGGACAAGGUGGAAGUGGAUAACAAAUCUCCCAAAGUACAAGGUGACAAACAUUCUGAUCAAGGCUCUGAUUCGUCUGGAGCUUGUGCAGAGGAGUCAUCCAAAGAAGCAGGAAAACAGUCAAAGAAAAAUGUCACUAGUGGUGGUACUGGCAAUGGUGCCAAUGGUUAUGGUUAA